AUGGUCAUCGCAUCGGACCGUACGCAUAUACAACUCGACCCCCGCCAGACAGCAGCAGUUGGAGGCGGGGUAGGAGAUGGCGAGCUGCGGCUGCUGGGCAAGUCGUCGAGCCCGUGGGUGUUCCGGGUGAGAGUGGCGCUGGGACUCAGGAGCCUGAGCUACGAGUACAUCGAGGAGGACCUCGCCAACAAGAGCGAGCUCCUGCUCCGAUCCAACCCGGUGCACAAGAAGGUGCCGGUCCUUAUCCACGGCGGCCGCCCGGUGUGCGAAUCGCUCGUGAUCCUGCAGUACAUCGACGAGAUCUGGCGGGGGACCGGUCCCGCGCUCCUCCCGUCCGACCCCUACGACCGCGCCACGGCACGGUUCUGGGCGGCCUACGUCGACGACAAGGUAUGGCACUCCAUUCAGGAAUUGAAUCGAUUUUUCGGGCUCUCAGACUUAGCCGUUCUCUUUCAUGUUUCUAGAUCGAGGACGGACGAGCAGAGAGCGGAGGCGCUCCAGAACGCCCUCCUUGCGGUGGAGACGUUGGAACGGGCGUUCAGGGAGUGCUCCAAGGGGAAGGCGUUCUUCGGCGGCGACGCCGUCGGGCUCGUGGACAUCACGCUCGGGAGCCACCCGAUUUGGAUGAGAGCGGUGGACCAGACGGCAGGCACUAACCUUCUGGACGGGGACAAGUUCCCUGGCCUGGCGGCGUGGGCGGAGCGGUUCAUGGCCGUGGACGCCGUGAACAAGGUGGUGCCGGACGCCGGGAAGCUUUUGGAGCAGUACAGGGCGUCUCGGGCUAAAUGGACUACAGCUACAGCUGCUGAUUCUAGCUGA